GCGGGCUGCGCCACUGGGAAAAGACGCACCGCUCCGCUAUUGGACCACAAGCAAAGUGGAAGAGUUCACUGAAGCUCGAAGUGGAUUUCGCUUGGAUUUUUUUUUGUUUGGGAACUGAGGACGAGGUGUCUUCCACCUGCGGGGGUUUCAGCGCGCGUCCAACAGCUGCGUGUACGCCAUCGUGCUCUACAAUGAAGUGUUUCUUAUUAGAGCAGGCUGCCGGAGCUGGCCGUGCGUAAAGUUCUCCCUCUCCGCUCCCCGUUCCACGGUCCAAGCCGCAUGAGUUCACCGCUGUCUUUGGGUCAGCUGGCCGGGGUUCCGUUUGAAAUAAUGCACCCCACCAUGGAGAAAGACACGACCUACACCAAGAUCUUUGUCGGCGGGCUGCCCUAUCACACCAGCGACGCCUCACUUCGGAAAUAUUUCGAGACUUUCGGCGACAUCGACGAGGCGGUGGUGAUCACGGACAAACAGACGGGGAAAUCCAGAGGAUAUGGAUUUGUGACCAUGGUGGACAGGGCGGCUGCAGAGCAGGCAUGCAAAGACGCAAACCCCAUUAUCGACGGAAGGAAGGCCAACGUCAACUUAGCGUACCUGGGAGCGAAGCCUCGGAGCUCACACUCAACUCUUUCUGGUGGAGUUCAGCAAAUCCAGCCCACGUGGACUCAGAGGCAAUACGGGUUUGCCCCACAGUACAUCUACCCGCAGGCGCUCCUCCAGCCAGGCCUCCUGCUGCAGACGCACCUUGCACCCACAGCAGCAGCGUUCGCCUCCCCUUACCUGGAGUACAGCUCUGCCUACAGCCCCUACGCUCCCUCUGGGCUGGAGCAAUUCCCGUACACCUCCUCACUGUCACCCUCCUCUGGCUACUUCAACUACAGCUUUACACCCGGCACACCCACGCCCACUUUAACCGCAUCUCCAACGCCUCCGGCCGCCGCCAUCCAUCCUCCUUUGGCUGCUCUGACCGCUGUGUCCACUGCACCGCAGGCCUUCCUCCAUUACCCCCUUCAGCAGCUCGACCGCAUGCAGUGAACUCCUCCCACAAGGCAUGCUGCGAGUCCUCUACUUGACUGUCGACCUACAGCAUCAUCAGAAAAGCACUGGAUUGUUGGAAGAGUGUUGCUGUUAAAAGGGCUUUUGUGAUGGUUCACUGUAACUGAUAAGAAGGAUUUGGCGUUGUCCUCAGCAUGCGUCCCCUGAAUGUUCAGCUCCAUGGGCUACCAAGGGAGGAGAAAACUCUGUUGAGGUUGAAGGCAGUGCUGCAGGCCGAACACAUGAAGACAAUGAGAACAUGUCCGCCUGAUGUGACGCAACGGCUGCAGUUUCUCCAGAAUCUUAACUCUGGGUUCAGCUAAGUUAAAGAUCCGAGUUCUUUUUAAGUCUGCCACUCUGCCUCUGGCCUUAGAGGUUUAAAUUCACCCAAUAAAGUUAAUUUUUCCCCUUUUCAAUUGCCACAUCUACUGUUAGCACAGAGAAGUGUAUCACCAAACAAGCAAUGAUGCGUGAAAACAAUGGCAUCUGUUACUCAACUUUUGUACUAUUGUUAUAUGGAAAACUGUCGAGACCUAAAUUUAUUCUUCACACGGGUGAUUUUUGAGACUCUUGUUGUCUCUGAGGCUGUUUGUGUCUGUUACACUGCUAUCAAUACAUAUCAAACAAUGCAUUUGGAUGAGGAGUGUGUGAACUACAGGAGUAGGUGAUGGACCUUGUGCCAAAGGUUGGACUAUACUCCUGUAUCCAGUCACUAAUACUGGUGUUGAGUUGUAUAAAGUUUCUUGCAGUCGUGGCAUCGCCACCACAUUUUUAGUCAUAAACCAAGCCAUAAAUAUUUUUAAGCAAGUAUGCAAAAAUAAAAGGAUUUGUACUAAUUGUGA